UUAUAUAUUAUUCUUCUCUUCAUAGGCUGGUUUGAGCAGAAUCUGGCCUUGUGCAGGAACCUCUGGUGCCCUGAAGUAGCAAUGGCAACUCUAGCUUCCAUGGCUGAUGAUUUGUACGAGGCCAUCAACAAUGGAGAUGUUGACACGGUUAUGGAUCUGUUGAAAAAAGGUGCCAAUGUGAACGUGCUUCCUUCAUGCGGGAGAACGGUGCUUGGACGUGCUGCACAGCUGGGUCACCUGGCCAUUGUGUGCCUGCUUCUGGACGCAGAAAAGUUCUACACAACGCCCGAGGAGGAAGAUGUGGACACAGAAAGCAUGUUCUCCCGCCUGACCUCCACUGCCAACCCAACUGCCACGCAGACUUCUGCCACAAGCUCCGCCUGUCCCCCCUUGGCCGCAGCCUCCCUGGUCACGACCUCAUCUUCUGUGUGGGCUGCCCUUCCCGUCUCUGCCGCGGCCACCGUGGCCUCGUCUUCGAACAUCCGUCCUUCCAUGGGGUCUACGCUCAAGAGCCCUCAACCACACAAGUGCUGUUCUCCCAGCAUAGACUCCGAGACUUGCACCUGUAGCGACGAGCUAUGGGGUUUAGAUUUAAGUGACACCAAUCAACACAGCGACUGGGAGCCUGGGCGCUGUGGUCAGGACCUCCCCAACAACAACAACGAGGACAACUCUGAAAUUGAGGUGGAGGGGGAGUUCAGUGCCCCUGUGUGCCCCCACCCUCCCACUCAGUACACCCCUAGUAACAUUGGCUACUAUGUGUAUGAGUACAGAGAGGAGGAUGAGGAUACAGGUGACUCAUCAGGUCCAGUUCUGUCUUCCACUGAGGACUCAGACUCUGCUCUGAUUGCUGAGAAGCGCCACCACCACCACCCCCACCGGCACUCAGCCUCUAUUCUCCUGCAGCGCACACUUGGCAGGGGAAGAGCCAACAUUGUGUCCUCUGACUCAGAGUUCGAGACCGAGCACCGCCGGAGGAGAAGACAUGCACGACACAAUCACAGGCCUCAUCGCCACGACAGAGAUCACGGACGUCACAAAACCCUAGUACACUCCCACCACUCAAGCCCAUGGCUUGCACAGCUGCACUCAGAGUACCUCUCCCUGGGGCUAAGUUCUCCCUGGUCCCUGAGGCGUAACUGUGACAUCAACCAGCAGGACGCCUAUGGCCGCUCUGCGCUGCACUAUGCCACAGAGCAGGGCCACACCUACAUUGUGCACAUGCUCAUCAAGUCAGGAGUUCACGUUGACACCCCUGAUGCAGAACACAUGACUGCCUUGCAUUUAGCUGCACAGCGUGGACUAGCAGAAGUUGUCAAUCUGUUGCUGGAGGGAGGUGCUAGGGUCAAUAACAAAAUGAAUGAUAAGAGUUCCCCCUUACACAUCGCCGCUUCUCGAGGCUACACGGACAUCGUGGAAACGUUGCUGGACCGAGGGGCGAAAAUUGACUCCCUGGACAGUUCUGAUCGCACACCACUCAUCCUGGCCGUCUCAAGGUCUCAUUUCAAGGUUGUACAACUCCUGCUCAAGAGAGGGGCCAAGGUCAACAUAGAAGAAAUUCAUGGGUACACACCCUUGUGCGAGGCUGUCUGGCACAAAGACCUCAAGCUUGUGCAAAUGCUACUUACUGCGGGGGCAAAAGUUACCCAGUCACACUACCUUCUUCAUUAUGCUGUACUUCACAGGCACUAUCAGCUCGCAGAACUACUCCUAGGUGCAAGGUGCAUUGUGAACCUGAGAGACGACAAUGGUGAUACUCCACUUAUCAUAGCUGCACGGACAUGUCAGCCUUCUGUUAUGAAGCUCUUGUUGAAACAUGGUGCUAAUGCCAACUACCCCAAUGGCUUAACGGGCACAACACCACUCCAUGAAGCCAUUGCAACACCAGAUUCCCUAUUUAGUGAUUUCUGGGUGAUGUUUUCCCUUCUGCGCUCGCAUGGUGCCAAGCUUGACAUAGAGACAGUGACAGCAGGAGACACGCCUCUAUACCGGGCCUUGCUCAUGGAGAAGAAUAAGGUUGCUGCUCUCCUCAUCAGACAGGGAUGCAAUGUAAACCACCACACACCAGCAGCAACCCCAGACUACCUGCACAUGACAGCUCUGAGAGGUCAUGCCCCACUGGCAACACUGCUGAUACUGGCAGGAUUCAAGCUAUGGCAAGCACAGUGGCUGACGGAAAGCACCACCCCUGGAUCACUCCAGUCGCGACUAGCUGUUGUUAGGUCUCAGCCUCUGACCCUGGCUGACCUCUGCCGAAUCUACAUCCGCCAGCGGCUGGGGGACCGGAUCCAGGUUGCUCUCGAGGCGUCUCCCCUUCCGCCAAGAGUGAUAAGGUUUCUGAUGCUGGAGGAUGUGGCUGAAGUUGACCUGUGAUGAAUUUAGAAUUUAGAUAAUCUACACUUUAUUUAUUUUAUUUUUAUUUAUUUAUUUUUUUCUCAAUUACGUUUUUUCUUGUUAUUUUAUUAUGGAGUAAUAUUACGUUCAUAAUUUUACUUUCCUUUCUUUAUUUUCAUUAUUGUUAUAGUUAUGAUUUUAAAAGCUUUUCUUCAACAGUGAUAGUAGCAGCUGCUGGAAUGUUUAUUUUAGGAAUAAGGAGUCAGACUGUCAGUUAUUCAUAGCAAAAAUUAUGAUUUAACUAAAUGGUUCUGCUGUAACCUAAUGCAGAAAUAUUCCUUUUUUGUGUAUUAUUUCGUAUCUUUCGUUUUCACUUUCUCCUCCAAUAUAUAUUUUUUCCUUCUGCCAUUUCUUCUCAUUCUUUGUUUUCUCUACUUCUAUCAUCUUUCUUAUUCUUUUUCUCUCAUCUCUUAUAUGUAAUUCUUUUAUUUGCUUCUUCAUUUCAUCAUUCCUUUUCUCUGUCCUCCUCACUCUCUUCUUCCUCUUCUUCUUUCUCUUUUUCUGCUCCAUCAUUGAAUGAACCUCAUUGCUAGAUUGCCCUAACAACAGAUUGAGUAAGAGCAAUGUUCCUAAGGAAUUCAAAAGGUGCUUCAUUUUGCAUGGUAGGCGGGAGACACAGUACAGUGUGCAUGUUUUUGAAUCUCAUGUUAUUUAUGGAGGCCGUUUUAAGGAUCCGUGAUUGUUUUUAGGUAUAAGUAAAGAUUUUAAAGACAAUGAAACUGGAGAUCUUUUAUAAUCAUAUAUAUUUAUAUAUAUACAUACACACACUAACUCAUACACUGCCAAAGUUGUGUUGAUGCAGUUUAACUAAAAAAAAAAAAAGCAAGACAAAAAAUGAAUGUUUCUUUUUUAACCAUUACCUUUCUUAGUGCAUUAGCUGGCUAUACACUAUUUAACACCAUUUAAGUUCUUUCUCUUAUUUUUAGAACAAGCUAUGCCAAAGAAAUUAGAAAUUGCACCAGAUAAAGUCAUCUUAGUUCUGACAACAAAUAAAAAUUUAUAUAUGGAAAUGGACAUCUAUUCAUAUUACAAGAGGGGGAAAAUGCACCAAUUUACAACCUGCAAGGUUUGUCUGAUCAACAUGACUUCAAUAUUAUUAACCUCAACACUGCAUUAGCUUUUAACACACGACAUUCUGCCUUUGCUUUAUGCACAAUAAAAUGCAUGUUGCUAAGUUCCAUUACCAUUUUUGCUAAGGAAAGUUUCAAGGGAUUCUUCAUAUGUUAUUGUGACAAUUAUUGCUGCAGUUUUUGUGAGUAACAAUGAAUGGGGUGUCAUAUUUUGUACACUAAUAUUACCCUCUUCCGUUUAAUAACUAACGUUGAAAUGUAUGACAUAAUUUGCUUUAGGUAUAAUUUUAAUAUUGGUGUUAUUGUUACUGUUGUUGAUAUUUUUUUUAAAGUUAUCAUCAUUAGCAUUAUUAAUAUUAUUUUGUUUUCAUUUUCAUUUUUAUUGAUUUUUUUUUUUUUUUUUAUGGUGAUGUUUUUUAUUUAUGUUAUUAUCAUCAUUAUCAUCAAUAUGAUUAUUAAAAAUCAUUGUAUUAUAAUUUUUUAUUAUUAUUGUUGUUAUUUUAUAUGAUUACUCUGGUUAUCAUUUGCAAUUAUGAAAGCUAUUACUACUACUAACUGAUUAAGAUGAAGUACCAUCAUUUGUGAGUAAAGAAGAUACAAAGAUAUGGAGGAACAAGACCAGAAUGCACAGUUUGAAACAAAGAUCACAUAUAUAGACUUAAGGCAUAUUAAUGUCUUAUGUUAUUUGUUAGCUGUUAAGUCUUAACUUUUGUUGCUGUUUAUUGCCUAGUCCAAUUGAUUGAUGUUUUUGAUUCACAGUUAGCUGUUAGUUGGUGGGGUCUAAGAAAUGUAUAUAAUGUCAAGAUAUUUGAAAUAUUGAAAAGAGCCGUGUAACCUAUGUGAAUUAAUGAUUAGAUGAUAAUAAUAAGAAAAACACAAACUUCAACUGCAGUAGAAAAUGCUCCCAAAAAAAAUUACCAUAUCUGGUACAUAUCUGUAAAAAAAAAGGAAAGAAAAAAAAAACGUAAACUGUAAACCAAAUGUUUAUUGUAUUUGUGGAGAAGCAAAGAAAAUUAUGCAGCAUGUAUUUUAAAUGUCACUCAACACCCAUUUUAUAAAUUCUAAAAGCUUUUCCAAAAUGAUGGUAACUGUAAUUUGUAGAGAAGGUGGUACUGCAUUUCCAUUGCCAAUAUACUAUAUUAAAGAAGGUAUUUUAUUGAUGGCAUGGUACUAUUUGAGAUGUUUUAGAUCUAGGAAUAAAAUAAUUGUUUCUCCAAAAUACAUAGAAAUGUUAUAAUGUAUUAACAGCAAAGGUGCAAAAAGUGUUAUUCAGCUCAUGCAGAAAAACUUAUUGCUUGUGAAAAAUAGCAUAUGCCACACAGGAUGGCUUUAACAGAUGGGAAAGUAGAAACAUGUAAAUAUGUUACGAUGCCAAAUAUAUAUGGUAGUUUUGAAAGAAGGAAUUAUUUUGUUUUCACUUAUGGCUGUGUGCUUGCUGUACUUUGAAUAGUUACAUUAACUAGUUGAGAUACUAAUUUUUAAACCAAAAUUGUUCAGUCGAUAAGAGGCUACAGUUAAAAGUCAGUGCUCCUUUUAUACUGAUGUCAUAAAAUAAUAUAAGAAGUAAAACAUUACACCUGUAUGCUAAAAAGAGGUGUAGAUGUGACAUCUUGUUUGGUUAUGUAAAAACAUGCAAAUUCAUUGUAUAAACCACAUUGAAUACUAUCGCUUCACAGACAGACACAUAGUUAAAACACAGAAAUGAAGUGAUUUUCAGUUAUUUUUGUGCAUGCUCAUUGACUUUGGCCAGAUGAAAAGACAUUGUAGAAGAUACUGUUUAUAGUAAUGAAAGAAAUUACUUUCAGUAGUCUCUGUAAAUUUGACUCCCAUGUGAUGUCACACCAAGUACAAGAUUUAAAGCUGUGUUUGUAGAAUGUAAGAAUAGGAAGAUAACUUUAGCAGAGGCAGGUAAGAAUGAUGAUUUCAUUUUAGGGAAAGGAGAUUUUGAUUACUGUAAUUAUAUAUUAUCCAAAAAACAUUAUUUUAAUGUCUUUUCAGUUUGUGAUUGAUAAAUUUUUGUUUACAGGUAAGUGAACUGUGAUGCCAUGAUUAAUUUUAGUUUAUAUUGUUUGUCUGACAAGUUCAUGAAUUUCUUGUUAGCUAUCCAUCACAGCACAAGAACAGAGGAUAAAUAUAUUAUUUUAAUUAGCUGUAGGAAGAGCAUUUAUUUCACAUUAAAAAAAAUAGUUUUGACUUUUCAGGAAUAUUCAGUAUAAGAUUCUUGGUACUGUAAAGCUAGGGAACUGAGAUAGUGAACAAUGCAAAUGAGAUUCAGAUAGACAGAUAAUUUGGGGAAAUAGGCAGAGAAAGGAGACAAAGACAGGAAAAGGCAGCAAGAGACAGACAUGGCAAAAGAACUUAUUGCUGAGUAAAGGAAAGUAGAUGGAUGGAGAAGGGACACAAAGCUGCUAAAGGGUAUCAUACAGAGUUUUGCUAAUAUGAUAAUUAUUAACCCAAAGGCCCCAGGAAAAUGUUAUGUUCACUGUAGUGUUGCAAACUUGUGACCUCAUUUGAUUUCACAUUUCCAUGAGUUUUUUUUUUUCUUUUCUUUUCUUUUCUUUUUUCUUUUUUCUUUUUAAACUAAUUCUAUCAAUAUCAGUGCUGUUAUUUUUACUACAGACUUUUAAAUUAUUGUAGUGUUAUUGACAUUACUAACAGCAAUUUGAGAUACCAGAAAAUACUUUUGAAAUUCAAGGAAAAGGGUAAACAGGUGAGACAGGUAAUACUAGUAAUUGGCUCAUGGGUGACUUUGUAAUUCUGGAGCAAAGUAUGUGUAAAGACAAUUAAUUUAACUUACAGUGAGCAUGGCAUUUACCUACGUGCCAUCCCUGGCGGCUUGGGAUUAACAUGCCACAGUGAUGAGAAUUAUACCCAAUCAGUAUAUCAUAGAGCAGUCCUUGGGCCUUUUACAUGAGUUGCCAACUGAUGCCAAAUAUGCAUGUCUUUCAGUUUGAGAAUUAUUAUUAUUAUUGUUAUUAAAAAAAGGUUUAGGUGAAUUUAAGAUAUGAUAAAGAUAUAUAGGGAAAUUCCAAAGAAUUCUGAAACACCACAGCCAGCACCUGUGCCGUGUGUUCUCAAAAUUGCUCAAAAUUGUGUGCACUAAAUAUUCGUUUGAUGCUUUGGGCCUAACUGAUAUGUAGCCUCUCAAAAGUAGGUUUAAAGUUGUCUUAAAGUCAUAUUUUCUUAGAAAUAAGUGUGUGCAGGGAAAUCUCAUCACGAAUGGGAUAAUUCACACACAAUAUGAAAAAUUUACAAACUGUAAGGAGAAGAAUUUUUAUUGAUUUUGUUCUCUAUUUAAAAAUUCAGUUUUACAGUCCUUUCAUUUGGUAAUAUCCCAUAAGCCUCUUGAUCUUAUGGGAGAAAUCUUCUCAGAAUUGUUAAAUUUUGCAUUUAUGUCCAUCUUAGAGUCAGAUGGUUCCCGACUUGUUAUUCAUGAAGUUUGAGCAUUAGGGAUAAGCCUUUCAACUGAUUAAAGAAUAGGAAAUACUAA